AGCGACAGCAGCACCAGCGGGAGUGGCGGGGCGCAGCAAAGGGAGCUGGAGCGCAUGGCUGAGGUUCUGGUCACCGGAGAGCAGCUACGAGAUAAAACUUAUGUAUAAUGAAAUGCACCAUUUGAUGAGUAUUGACUAAGACAUACAUCUGUGAAACCCAAACCCCUAUCUGGAUAUCUUUGAAUGCUUUUGGCUGCAAGAAACAGAAAAUCGACUCAAACAAUGUAUUCACCCACGUAACUGGAAAUCCAGGAGAUGUGAAUAACCAACUGAUACCAUGCUCAGGCUGCAUGAAGAAAAGGUUAUUAAAGAUAGGCGACAUCAUCUCAAAACCUACCCAAACUGUUUUGUUGCGAAAGAACUGAUUGACUGGCUGAUUGAACACAAAGAGGCUUCUGACAGAGAGACGGCAAUUAAACUCAUGCAGAAAUUAGCAGACCGGGGCAUUAUUCAUCACGUGUGUGAUGAGCAUAAGGAAUUCAAGGAUGUCAAACUCUUCUAUCGCUUUAGAAAGGAUGACGGCACCUUCCCAUUGGACAACGAAGUGAAGGCCUUCAUGAGAGGACAGAGGCUGUAUGAGAAGCUGAUGAGCCCUGAAAACACACUCCUGCAGCCCAGGGAAGAGGAAGGGGUCAAGUAUGAGCGCACCUUCAUGGCGUCUGAAUUCCUGGAUUGGCUGGUUCAAGAGGGUGAGGCCACCACAAGGAAAGAGGCGGAACAGCUUUGCCACCGGCUUAUGGAGCACAGCAUCAUACAGCACGUGUCCAACAAGCACCCGUUUGUGGACAGCAAUCUUCUCUACCAGUUCAGAAUGAACUUCCGGCGGAGGCGAAGACUGAUGGAGCUGCUCAAUGAAAAAUCCCCCUCCUCCCAGGAAACUCAUGACAGCCCCUUCUGCCUGAGGAAGCAGAGCCAUGACAAUCGGAAAUCUACCAGUUUUAUGUCAGUCAGCCCCAGCAAGGAGGUCAAGAUCGUGUCUGCCGUGCGGAGGAGCAGCAUGAGCAGCUGCGGCAGCGGCUACUUCAGCGGCAGCCCCCCUCCCAGCAGCAGCCCCCCCGUGCUCUGCAACCCCAAGUCUGUGUUAAAAAGACCUGUCACUUCGGAGGAACUCCUGACUCCUGGGGCUCCGUAUGCGAGGAAGACAUUCACGAUUGUUGGUGACGCAGUAGGCUGGGGCUUUGUGGUGCGAGGCAGUAAGCCAUGCCACAUCCAGGCCGUGGAUCCCAGUGGCCCAGCAGCUGCAGCAGGAAUGAAGGUCACCGGUCUUAAUGGCAGAGGGAAAGAGACCAUGGUGAAUCCCACAAUGGCACCUAAAACUUCCACUCAGCCUGGCACGCAUCAUUUCUGCUCACAUUUCUUUGGCCAAAUCACUUGGCCGCACCUAACUUCAGUGCAAUUCCACCAUGUGCCUGGGGAAAGAACCAAAAAUAUCUGGUGCACAGCGUGAAUGACUCCCGCAAAUAUGUUCCAUGAUGGUUAAUCUUAUGUGUCAGCUUCCCUGGGUCACCACGGUGCCCAAAUAUUUGUUGAAGCAUUAUUCUGGAUGUUUUUGUGAGGGUGCUUUAGGACGAUAUUUACAUUUAAAUCAAUGGAUUUUGAGUAAAGCAGAUUGCCCUCCGUGAUAUGGGUGGGCCUCGUCCAAUCAGUUGAAGGUCUGAAUAGAACAAAAGACUGACCAUCCCCUGAGCAAGAAGGAAUUUUGCCAUCAGACAGCUUUUGGACUUGAAAUGUAACAUUGACUCUUCUUGGGUCUCCAGCCUGUGGGCCCACCCUGCAGAUUUUGGACUUACUAGCCUCCUUGAUCAGGUGAGCUAAUUCCUUUAAAUAAUUACCUUUAUACACACAUCCUAUUGGUUCUGUUACUCUGGAGAACCCUGACUGAUAAACGUACCCACACUAUGUAUGAUGCAUGCUGAUGUUUGUUCGUUUUUUCAAUUUAAUUGCAUUCUAUCAUACUCCAUUAUAUUCUAUUUUUUUUAAAUGCUAGUCACAA